GUUUUUCCCAUUUUCUUUCCCAGGAUUUUGGAUGGGCAGAGUCCCCGCCGGCCAUGGGGCAGAACGAGUCACAGCAGGAGGCGGAGGGCACCUUCCUGAGGGGGCUGCUGGCGUUCUUCAGCAGGGAGCAGCUCCCGACGCGUGGGGUGGUGGUGGCCUUCCUGGGCCUCACCGUGCUCAUCAUGGCCGUGRCCGCGCUGGGCUGGUGGCUGCGCCACAAGAAGGUCCCCGCGCAGGAGCCCCCCAGGUAUCGCUUCCGCAAGCGGGACAAGGUUCUGUUCUACAGCCGCAAGAUCAUGCGUAAGGUGUCCCAGUCCACCUCGUCCCUGGUGGACAGCGGCGUGUCCAGCGCCUCCCGCCCGCGCAGCCGCAAGAAGCUCAAGGUGUUCAGCAUCGCCAAGAAGGUCUCGGCCAGCUUCCUGCGCAUCCAGAAGGAGCCGCCCACGCUGCAGCUGAGGAGUGGCUGGGGGGUGGUGUCCCUGCAGUGUCCCCAGGCACUGUGGUGUCCCCAGGGUGUCCCCAGGGUGUCCCUGCAGUGUCCCCACCGUGUCCCCGCUGUCCCCAGGGUCUCGGCCAGCUUCCUGCGCAUCCAGAAGGAGCCGCCCACGCUGCAGCUGAAGGAGCCGCCGCCCUCGGUGCUGGAGGCCGACCUGACCGAGUUCGAUGUGGCCAGCUCCCACCUGCCCUCCGAGGUGCUCUACAUGCUCAAGAACGUGCGGGUGCUGGGACACUUUGAGAAGCCGCUCUUCCUGGAGCUGUGCAAGCACAUGGUGUUCCAGCAGUGCCAGCAGGGCGAGGACGUGUUCCGGCCGGGCCAGCCCGACUCCAGCAUCUAUGUCCUGCAGGAGGGGAAACUGGAGCUGCUGCUCACCGAGCCGGACGGGAAGGAGACAGUGAUGAAGGAGGUGUUCCCUGGGGACAGCGUGCACAGCUUGCUCAGCAUCCUGGACGUCAUCACGGGCCACCAGCGGCCGUACCGGACGGUGUGCGCCCGCGCGGCCGUGGACUCCACCGUGCUGCGCCUGCCGGUCGAGGCCUUCUCAGCCGUGUUUGAGAAGUACCCCGAGAGCCUGGUCCGGGUGGUGCAGAUCAUCAUGGUGCGGCUGCAGCGCGUCACCUUCCUGGCGCUGCACAACUACCUGGGCCUGACCAACGAGCUCUUCAGCCACGGCCGCCAGAGCGGGGACAUCUUUGAGGAGGCCAAGAGGGAGCUCAUCAAACUCAUGAAGAUCGAGGACCCCUCUCUGCUCAACAACCGCGUCAUGCUGCACCACGCCAAGGGUGGCACUGUCAUCGCCCGUCAGGGGGACCAGGAUGUCAGCCUGCACUUUGUGCUCUGGGGCUGCCUGCACGUGUACCAGCGCAUGAUCGACAAGGAGGAGGACGUGUGCCUGUUCCUGACGCAGCCGGGCGAGCUGGUGGGCCAGCUGGCC